GGGUUGGGAAGGAAAACAGUGAGGGACAGAGGAAGAAGUUGGAUGGGGAUGGGACAUGAGGAACAAAAGAAAGGGGAAAGCAAAUAAAACGAGUGUGGGGAAAAAACACCAGAAGGGUUUUGAAACAGAGGCUCCAAUUACCGUAUAGGAUGGGCCCUGGGCAGGGAUUUAAAGGGGGAGUUUAAGUGGGUCAGCAGCUUGACCUGACCACUGAUGUUGGGACACAGCUGGGGACCCAAGUUUGAGAAACACUGGUUGAGAGCAUAGAAAAAACUUCUCUAACCUGACGCUAACUAGAUGUUGUGGACUACAACCACCACCAGCCCCAGCUUCAUACGGCUGGGCUGGUGGGAACUGUAGUCCAAAACAUCUAGAGAAUGCUGAGUUCAGGAAGGCUGACAUGGAAAGUAUUGGGAAAGAGGUGAUUGUGGGCGUGUACUCAACAAAUCUUUGUGGGGAGGGCUAGUAAUAAUAGAAUUGUAGAGCUGGAAGGGACCUUGAGGAUCAUCUAGUCCAGCCCACUGCGGUGCAGGAAUAUGAAGGGGUGUUUUUUUUUUAAAUAUAACUCUGGCUUCAACAGAUUUAGUGACUAAUUAAAGCUAAUUCCCAGUUGUAAAUGUGUACUUCUUGAGCUGGUGUGCAUGAAGUGAUUCUCUGUUAUUUCAGCCUGAACAAAUUGGUUUUAUUUUAUUAACUUGUGUUCAAUAAAUAUACUGUAUCAAUAAAAUCCUUGUUUACUUUGUUUUACACUUCUCGUGACUCUUAUAUGAGAGAGAUUGAGAUUGAAUUGUGGGGAGGGUAUUGGUUUGAGGAAACUGUUGAAUAGGCAUACGUGUCAGGGGUAGUAGUUGUUGGAAGCUUGCCUUUUGUGAGCUGAUGAGAGGAACACUUUCUGGUACUGGGAGAUGGGUCUGAAGUAGAGAGUGGGAGACUCUCAGGGUGGGAAAUGGGUGGGGUUUUACGGAACAAAAGUUAGGAAGAAGUCUUUGGCUAGGAAUGGCUUGCCAUGAAGCUUAGGGUGAUGCAAUGAAAUAAGGGUGGAACAGGAAGAUGCCAAGUUGCACAGGAACAUGGCACUGAGAUGGGAACAUAGUUAUGCCAGAACACUUAGAUGUAUCACAGUCUGGUUGUGAAUACACGGCACUUGGGCUUUCCUGUAUUUGUGAAAGGACAUGAAGUCCUAUGAGGCGUGUGUAAAAACUGAAGCAGCCUUUGUGAUGACGUUUCUGCUGCUUUGUGAGAUCUCAUAGAAGCAUCAGUAGCUUUUCCACCUUGGCCACUGUGUUUGGCUUAGCAUAGAAGUACUGUAUCAAAGUCCCUCUUUUGUCACUCCAAAAUGUUGAAAAAGCUCUGAGCUGUUGACGUGCCAGAUAUUGUAAUCCUAACUGUUUUUCCUUUGAGCGAGUGUUCUGCUGUAGUCAAUUUUUCUUUUGAAUACCCUGAAAAAUAGCAUUAUGUGGAAGUGGGCAGGCAGAUGUGCCUGCAUGCGUCUUUUGUAAGAACUCUGUGAUUAGAUAACACUGCCAGUGCCAACCAAUACCCAGUAAGAUACAGUUCCUCCGCGGCAGUUAUGUAAUAAGUGCUGAGAUGAAGGUGCACCUUGCAGAGAGCUACAGGCUGCUUGAGGUUUUGUGUUCAUGUAAUAUUCCUUGGGAGGGUGAGUCAUUAUAUCAUCAAGCUUCACCUGUUUUGCUGUACAGCACUAAGGUUGUCCAACUGAGCACCUCCUGGUGGUGACUGAAUAUGUAGUAAAAAGUUUGUCACAUGCACAUGCAAUGAGCUACCAGUUCUGUUAAAUAGUUUUCCUGUUUAGCAGACAUAACUAGUAUGCAUUUGCAUGUAAAAUUAAAUUAGCAAUAUUCUUUGCAAAAGUAAAAUUCAGAGCACAGAGGUCUACAGAGGAGAAGCACAGAAGUCAGAUGGAGUAGUGAGGUCUAACAAGUGCCGCUUUAUGUGGCGUGCUCCUGAGACAGACAAAAUGUGCCACCAAAAGGGAACAGCUGAAGUAGAGCUUAACUCUUGAUGGAGGGGAGCAGGCUCCAGAGAGCAAAGCGCAGCGGCUGGAUUACUGGGAGAACAUCCGAGUGCCAGGCAUCCCAGCAGGUCAAGGUCCCCUUUGCAGAAACGAUUAUAACCAGCAGCCACUAACCCCAGAUUUAAACGUCAGCUGUGUUCCGAAAGAAGGACGGCAAACGUCCUGGCUUGAAAACACCUUUGGUAGCUUCACAGGUUCCUGCAGGCUAUGGUUCCUUCCAAGAAGUUGACCCAGUUGGAGUUGCUUGAUUCUCUCAGUACUGUUUGAAAGUUAGGCUGGAGGCAGGGAACCGGAAGGGACUUCAUCCAGAUGAGACAGCCCAGUGAGUGAAACUCCGAAUGGCAUCCGCAUAUGCCAUCCAAAACAAGUACCAUAUGAACGCCAGAAGCUGGGCACGGAGGACAGAAUAUCCAUUGACAAAGCUAGAAAGCUGGUAGCAAAAGCCAAACCUGCUCUGCUUUCACCACUACAGACUUCAGACUUCAUUUAGGACAGCUAGUGUUGAACCAGUCAAAUAGCUCUGCUUUUUUCAGCAUCAGAGAAACAGGCGGGACUUUGGGUGGGUGGGAUUAUAUAUAUUCCUGCUGACUUCAGAGGUCUGUAGUUCGAGCUGGUAGAGUGAAAACCCCUCCCUCGCCUCCCCCCACUUCAGCAGCGGGUGUACAGUAGGGGAAAGGCUAUUGGGAAGGUUGGGUGUGGCGCAGCAAUGACUGCUGCUGGGUGCGAGUUCUUGGGCGGGGCCUCCGAUCUUGGAGUGUUGGUCCACGUGCAGGCUGUGAUUUCCCAGCAUCUCUCACUUCCCCAGCUGACGUUGUGCCCCAGUUUUGCUGGGUUGUUCUGGGACACGUAUGUCUCAAACUGUACAUUUGGGCGGGGCACUCAUGUAGAAACAGGCUGUCUGCUGCUAGGCACACGGGCUUGGGAGAGGCUGGGUGCAUCCAGCAGGGGGCGGCAUAUUCCCAAAACUGGAGAAACCAGAAGCACAACAAAUUGGGUGGAUGGUUCUGUUUUGGAGUCUUAACUGUUGGAAGUCCAGUGGUGUAAAAAAAAGAGGAGGGCUGAUCAUAAGACUGGUUGCUCCUGCAAUGUAACAUAAUAGAUUGUGUGCAGUUGAGUUUUCCUUAGAUUAGACCCAGCAAAAUAAAUGGAUCUAAGUUAGUCAUGUCAUAUACGUAUGAGGAUGACUAAUGUUAGAUACAACCCAGUGCUUUUAUCCUUUAAUUGUUUCUCGGAAUUUGUUUCUCCAGUUGUUAUUGGACUACAGCUGCCAUAAUCCGUGACUGCUGGUCCUGCUAGUUAGGGAUGAUGGGAGUUGCAGUCCAACAAAAGACCAGUUUGAGAAAUAUCCAGAAUUUAAUGUGGCAUUUGAAUUGGUUGCCCCACGGAGUGAAGUUCCUCCGUCUGCUGCUCAGUGAUGCGUGUAGAUACAGAUACCCCUUUGGAAAUUGGAGUGGGUGAAGAGAUGAUACUCUGUUUUCCCCAAAUCUAUCCAGACAGGGUGCAAUUAAUUCUGGGGUGCCCAUCUGUGCAGGCAAAGCCCUUGGCUUCUGUGACUCAUAGGAAAUGUUUUGCUCCUUGCACCGUCACUGCUUUCAUUAUAUCGCUCCUCUUUGUUUGGAGAUGAAAUUAACAUGUUGCUGCGGGCAGCAGAAGGGAGGAGCUGUCAGUUUCUUGAACUUGUGGAGUGAGCCAAAAGAACACAAUGUUCCCUUUUUGCCUUUUAUAGGCUGCUGCCUCUACUCUGGAAAUUUGCUGUGUGGAAAUAACCCUCGGCUAUGCGGCAAUGGGGAGGAGCUUCUGUGAGAUGGCUCCUCCCCCUUGCAGCAGCUGCUCUUUCCAGCUGCCUUGUGAGCUUGGCUGGGGAGUGUUACAUAAAAGCUUUGAAUGAGAGAGGAGCGACAUGAUGGCCGACCAUCAGGCUGGAUCAGAUGACGUGGUUAUGGAAAGAAUUUGGCCCACACUUGCUGGAAGGGAGUUCCGCUUGCUCUUAUUACAGCUGACAGCCUGCCAGGCUGAGGCGGCAAAGGACAGAGACAGAGAGCUUUGAGAGGAAGCAAAGCAGAAUUGCAGCCUUGGAUGUGAGAAGGGGCCAGCCGACCUUCCCUUUGCAGUAGCCCCAGGACCUCUCAGCAUGCUGUGUUUUUAGUUCUGCAAGAUCUGCAAGCUGCAGUUUCUACCUCCCAUCCUUCACUCUUGAGAAGAAGUUUGACUUAAAUACCUGUGCCGUGCUGUCACAGCUCUGACGUGUUCCCCACUCUGCUCUCUGGAGUAGGGUCAGCCGUAAGAUGUGUUGGGUCAGCAGCGGAGUCACCAGGGGCUGGUCAAGGGUGACAGGAGAGCAGUUUUCCCCGUCCCAGGCUUGUGUCGGCUAAUAGCUCCAGAGAAGCAGGACCUUCUAACUUGCACUACUGGUGUCCCCUAAGACUCUCUCAACUCUGAUCAAAUCCAUCCGGCAAGACACAGGACAAAGAGGAAUCCUCUUUGACCAGUGCUUCUCCUUUCUUUUGAAGAAAAACAAAAGCUUUGUUGUUGCCUUAGCAGCUGUGGAAGUCCCAACCUUUUUCUCACCGCUGCCCCCAGUUACCCAAGGAGGCGUCCAUGUCCCAGAAUCAGUAAUGAGUGCUGGCUGUGAGCCAGGGCAGAACCUUUACGAGGGUGGUAGUGGUAGUGGCAGCGGCAGCGGCAGCGGCAGCGGCAGCGGAUGUGGUGGGGCUGGAGCCCCACGGAGAGCCCGAGCCCAGCGUGGGGGUGAAGCCCAGGGCCAGACCAGCGAUGACAUGGAUGUCAACAGCAAUGGCUCCAGUGGCAAUGAGUCGCACGGUGACUCCCACAGCAGCUCCCACAGCAGUGGCAAUGGCAAGGACUCAGCCCUCCUAGAAACCACCGAAAGCAACAAGAGCUCCAACUCCCAAAGCCCAUCUCCUCCCAGCAGCUCUGUGGCCUACAGCCUUCUCAGCGCAAGCUCUGAGCAAGACAACCCAUCAACCAGCGGCUGCAGCAGUGAACAGUCUGCGCGUGUGAAGACUCAGAAGGAGCUCCUGAGGGCCCUGAAGGAGAUGAAGAUCCGGCUGCCCUCUGAGAAGCGCAGCAAGGGGAAGUCAGGGACUCUGGCCACCCUGCAGUAUGCACUGUCGUGUGUGAAACAGGUCCAAGCUAGCCAGGAUUACUACCAGCAGUGGACCCUUGAUGACAACCAGCCCUGCAACCUGGAUAUGUCCACCUACACUAUUGAGGAGCUGGAACGCAUCACCUCAGAAUACAUUCUCAAGAAUCCCGACACGUUCUCGGUGGCCGUCUCUUUCACCACGGGGAAGAUUGUCUACAUCUCAGAUCAGGCAGCCUUCAUCCUGCGCUGCAAGAAGGAUGUCUUCAAGGGGGCCAAGUUUGCAGAGUUCCUGGCGCCGCAAGAUGUCAGCAUCUUCUAUGGGUCCACAGCGCCAUACCACUUGCCCUCCUGGAGCGCCUGCACCUCUGCCACUGCAGCUGCCAUGGAUUACACCAAAGAGAAAUCGGUCUUUUGUCGUAUCAGCGGAGGCUACGAGAGUGGUCGCGGACCGCGCUACUACCCCUUCCGGCUCACGCCUUACUUGACCAAAGUGCAGGACUUGGACAGCGCCGAGGGACAGCCCUGCUGCCUGCUCAUUGCCGAGCGCAUCCAUUCGGGCUACGAAGCUCCCAGAAUCCCUCCUGAUAAGAGAAUCUUCACCACCAGACAUACCCCCAGCUGCUUAUUUCAGGAUGUGGAUGAGCGAGCUGCCCCUCUUCUAGGCUACCUCCCUCAGGACCUCAUUGGGUCCCCUGUCCUCUUCUACCUGCACCCAGAGGACCGGCCUCUUAUGCUGGCGAUACACAAGAAGAUUCUCCAGUACGGCGGCCAGCCCUUUGACCACUCACCCAUCCGCUUCUGCGCCCGUAAUGGGGAGUACGUCACCAUUGACACCAGCUGGUCCAGCUUCGUCAACCCUUGGAAUCGCAAAGUCUCAUUCAUCAUGGGCAGGCAUAAAGUGCGGACGGGCCCCCUCAACGAGGACGUCUUCACAGCCCCCAAAACUCAGAAGGCAAAGCCUGUGGAGCUGGACAUCCAGGAGCUCUCAGAACAGAUCCACCGAAUCCUGCUGCAGCCCGUCCACAGCAAUGGCUCCAUGGGCCUCUGCAGCAUGGGCAGCAACACUUCCCACGAGCAGCUCCUGAGCAUCGCCUCCUCCAGCGACAGCAACGGCAUUCCCAAUGAGGAGGCACAAGCUGUUCGGCCGAUGACAUUCCAGGAGAUCUGCAAGGAUGUGCAUAUGGUGAAGAACCAGGGCCAGCAGGUCUUCAUUGAAUCCCGAGUCAAGCCCCAGCCUGCCAAGCAUUUCCGGCCAGCUCUGAAAGCGCCAGCCAGCUGCAACAGGCAGCCUCUGGAGACCUUGAGGGACUUGGAGAGGAGGCCAGAAAAGGCAGCCACCUCUGAGGAAUCAGUCAGAAAGGAGCCUUCCAACUAUUCAUACCAGCAGAUCAACUGCCUGGAUGGCAUCAUAAGGUAUCUUGAGAGUUGCAACAUUCCAAGCCGUGUGAAGCGAAAAUGCGGCUCUUCCUCUUACACCACAUCCUCGAAUUCUGAUGACGACAAGCAGAAGGCAGGCGAGAAGGUGGCCUCUCUAAGCAAAGAUGCGCCAGAGGAAUUGCCGACCCUGGAGAGCCAGCCAAAGAGCCUAGAGGAGCCUGGGACGGCAGCAGCUGCUGUGGUGGGAGGCCCACUCACUCCACUGGCCUUGCCUAGCAAAGCCGAGAGCGUGGUCUCUGCGACCAGUCAGUGUAGCUUCAGCAGUACCAUCGUCCACGUGGGAGACAAGAAGCCCCCCGAGUCGGAUAUCGUGAUGAUGGAGGAGGCAGCGCCCAGCGCGACCCCCCCUGCCCCUGUGCCCAGCGUCACCCCUGACCGGGAGGCGCAAUACCGCAAAGUGGGGCUGACUAAGGAAGUCCUAUCCAUCCACACCCAGAAGGAGGAGCAGGCCUUCCUCACCCAGUUCAAGGAUCUCAGCCAGCUGCACGUCUUCAACUCACCCUCGGGGCUGAGCUGGCAGGAACUGUGCCAGGCGGGACCCCAUGCCAACGAGCGAGGGCACAAAGGUCCCCGCCAGGCGUCCCGAGGUCCACGCUGCCGCGGUCGGAGCCGGAAGUCAAAAGCCAAGCGCAUCAAGCAGAACAGGCUGGCAGGGAGCACCAUCUCCCCGCAGAGCUCCAUCUCCCCUCCCCAGCUGCCCUGCGCCCCCAGCUCCUCCUCCUGGCCCCCAUCUGGCAACUCGCAAGCCAGCCUUUCCGCCAUGCCAUACCCGGCUGUCAUGCCCACCUACCCCAUCCCUGUCUUCCCCCCGCGGCCGGCCGCGCCCCCAGUCACUGAGCCGUCCCAGAGCACCCUGGCUGCCCCCCAGUUUCCCACCCCGUUGGUCACCCCCAUGAUGGCACUUGUGCUGCCCAACUACGUCUUCCCCCAGAUGCACGGCCCCAUGCCCCCACAGCCUUACUUCACCACACCUCCUGUGUUCCCCUUCGCCCCUCAGCCGGGGAGCAUGCCCACUGUCAUCCCUGAGACGGGCACGCAGGCCCCGUCAUGCUCCUCCACCCCGCACUCGCUGAGUCAGCCCGAGCGGGCCGAGUCGCCUGUCUUUGAGUCACGCUGCAGCUCCCCACUGCAGCUCAACUUGCUGCAGAUGGAGGAGAUGCCCAAGCUCUGUGACCGUCAGGAGGCCGUUGGUGGAAACCAAACAGGGCCAACUGGGGCUACCACCAACUGGGCCGUGGUGACGGGCGGGCAGAGCCUGGCAAAGGAACUCAGCACUCAGAAAGAAGCAUGCAUGGCAGAAGCGCACGACUCCUCCAACAAUGAUGCACUCUCCAGCUCCAGCGACCUCCUGGACCUGAUCCUGCAGGAGGACUCCCGCUCCGGCACAGGGUCGGCUGCCUCCGGGAGUGGCUCGGCCUCCGGCUCCAUGGGAUCCGGCUCCAACAGAGGCAGCACCUCUGCCAGCGGCACCACGAGCAGCAAGAGCAGUGGCACCAGCAAGUACUUUGGAAGCAUUGACUCCUCCGAGAACGACCUGCGGGGUAAGAAGCGGGCAGAGGUGGAAAACAACGAGCACUUCAUCAAGUACGUCCUGCAGGACCCCAUCUGGCUGCUGAUGGCCAACACCGACGACAAGGUCAUGAUGACCUACCAGCUCCCAGCCAGGGACCUGGAAACUGUGCUGAAGGGGGACCGGGAAAAGUUGAAACAGAUGCAGAAGCGGCAGCCGCGAUUCACUGAGGAGCAGAAGAAGGAGCUGGCCGAAGUUCACUCCUGGGUCCAGAAGGGGAACUUGCCCAAAGCUAUCAACAUCACGGCUUGCAUGGACUGUGGGAGCAACCCUUCCUCCAAAGUGGCCCCCCUCUACGACGUCGAGAUUCAAGACAUGGACUUGAACGGCAUGUUGGAGCCCAUGGAGGAGGGCAGCAGCAGCAUGGGACAGGUGUGCCCGCCCUCCUUGCCCCCCGAAAUGGCCAUGGACGAAGAGGAGGCUGGGGCGGAGAGAGGACAGCAGCAGCAGCAGCCGCAACAGCCGCCACCAACUCCAGCUGUGGAAGUAGUGCAGGACUCAGGCUAAGCUGCCAAGCCGCAGACUCCUCCCCCCCCCAAAAAAAAUCGGGAGUCGCUCCUACUUGCCCUGAGCAGGGUGCUGCUGGGCAGCAGGGCUCAGAGGCAGGUGCUGGCUGCAGGUCCUUGCGGGAUCUGCUGCUGCAGCCCCACCUCCCUGGCAACAGGGAGAGAAGCUCACAUUGUGAGCGUUUUCAGGACCGUGGGGUGGCUGCAUGGCCCACAGGAGAAGACGUUGCAGGACUGUGAGCCUAGGCACCAGCUGCUUUAGGUGUGGAAGCGCGGCCUGGCCUGGCCUGCUUCCAGGGACAUGAGAUGUCCCUCUGGACCUUUAUCCGCCGGACCAGCUGCCCCCAAUCCUUGCUGCCUUACUACGGAUUUGGACACAGACAGAGACAGCCCAUGACAUUGGGCGUGGGAGGGUCUGGGUUUUUAUGUAUUUAUUUUUGCAGAAUUGUCUGUUGAUGUUGUUAAGUGUUUCUUUUUUUUUUUACUGAUCUGCUGCUGUGCUCUUGAAGGGGCCUUCGUGCAGUACCGAUGAUAAUAAUAAUAAUAAAAAACCCAAGAAAAGGAAAGAGGUUGGUGGCCUGCGGAGAAUUAUCGUUGAUGCACGCCCUGUGCCUGGUCCCCUCACAUUCAGUUGCCUCCUUGUUGGGAUCUGGCCAGAAAGGGGAGGUUUCUUCUGAAUAUCCUUCAAGAGCUCCCCUAAGCGGGAGCCCAGGGUGAAAGCAAGAGAAAGGGCCCUAAAAUGUCACCACCAUCUUCCCAAUGCCGCUGCUGAACUGCCAACGCUCCUCUCCUGCUGGUGCCUCUUUGCCAAGGUCAGCUCCUUUAUCCUCACAGUGCAGUUUUGUCAGCUGGAAGAAAUAAAUUGGCCAAAGAGAGUUGCGCUACACAUACACCCCACCCCCUCGGAUCUCCUGAUCUUUGGCAGCCUUGCCACCCAGCGGACUGUGAGCAAGUGAGGGGGACAUGUUAUUUCAGCUACAUAAAAACCCCAAAGAGCACACCCCUUCUUUCCUGUGUGUCCAAAGAGACCCUGGAUCUACCUGUGCAGAGAGUCCUUGUCCUGCCUCCCCUUCCUUCUCCACAUCCUAUUUAUUGAACUAUUUAUAUAUCCUGCUCCUGUUUCCAGAGUGUAAAACACGGAAUGCCCGGGGAUUUUCUGUGGACUUUCCCAUGGGCAGGUGAGGAAAUUGAACUAGCAAAUUGGACUGAACUAGCAAGCCAUUUUGGGUUGUGCCUCUGGAUACUCAAAAGGUGGGAAACCGGCCUGUUUUUUUGGGGUUAUUUGGAGCGCAGGGACGACAACACUUGAUUCUCCCCUCCCUCCCAUGAGGCUCCAACAGGGGACAGUGUGAUCACUGCUCUUCAUAACUUUGAGCCCACCCCCUUUAUUUUCUUGCUUUCAGUUCCUAAUGUGCUUCAGCUGUCCUGUGUCAUGCUGGCCGUGUUGCGUUUCAGAGGCAGGGCGAGAGCCCUUAACACAGCAGAGAAGUCCCACCUUUGGCACACGAUUCCAUGCUGCUGCUCUUUGCCUGCAUCACUUGUCUGAAGCAACAAAAAAAAAAUACGGAGCAAUUUUCAGUUUCCUUGUCUGCCUUUUUUAACCAGCUGACGAAUUGAAUGAAUUGCGCAUAUGGCAAAGCCUUGCUAAGGUUUUCAGGUUUCCAAAGAGAGGAAGGGUCUCUCCCCCAAACUUAGUGCUUGGUGACAAAAACAUCCUGCCCUUUUUAUUAAUUGGAGGGCAGCAAGCUGUUGUCGUUUAGUCGUGUCCGACUCUUUGUGACCCCAUGGACCAUAGCACGCCAGGCACUCCUGUCUUGCAUGUCAAAAAUUUGGGGGCAUCUUAUACAUGGAUACAUCGCCCCCCCAUUUUAUUAGACUGGAGUCCCCAAAAAUAUACAUUGGGGCGUCUUAUAGAUGGAAAAAUAUGGUAAUUGGAUUCUUGUUAGGGUAGCCAGAGUGACACUUAAGUUGCAAUCCUCUAUUUACAUAUCUAGGAUUUAAUCCUACUGAGCUCAUUGGGGUUUAUUUCUCAGCAGACGUGUGCUGUAAACUAAGCUAUUCUACCAGCAAGUAUUCCACACCAGCAGUCCUUUCAGAAAUCAUUUAAAAAGACAAUAAUUCACUUUCCCACCUCGAUCUUAAUGAAUGUUACUGUGUUUUGGGAUCACUCAGGGUGGAACUGGAAAAGUGAUUAUCUUUGCCCCAAGGGGACCAACGAUAACACUCAAACUUUGUUGGCUUUGAAGAGCAAACCACAUAACCCUUUCCUGCUAUUUGCCCAACAAGCGUUGGCUUUGCAGCUUCUGGGCUGUGUGAAUCCUUAGAGGUGACCUGUGUGCUGGAUUCCCAGACACGGGGGUAACCGUUAGAGUCACCUGUGACCCCGAGUCGUAAAAUCCUCCUGAUUCUGAGCAUCUUUGGACACCCGAAAGCAAUUUGUAUGGUUUGUGAUUUUGCAGUAGGCAAGGACAGCCUUUUACUGCAAGAGAAAAUUGCAUUUCUGGAGAGCCAGUGCCUGUAAAUGCAACACACAUAACUAAAAGUGGCUAUUGUAGAAAACUAGCAUUUUCUGGUGGAGCAGCAACAGAGCUCCCUAGCCCAGGUCCUCUGGUGUUGCUGAGCUUUCAGAGGUUAGCAGAAAGUGUCCUUUUGCUUUCCCCAAAAUGUGUUUGUUCAGUGUGAAUAACUUGGUAAGACCAGGCAGAUAAUACCAGUUAGUGCCUUGCAAAGGACUGGGGGUGGGCCUGAGACAUUGACCGAAUUGUCCUUUGGACAUUUCAUCCCUUGAGAUGUGAAUUUGUCCCUUUAAAACUCUUCAAAAUACAGAACUGGUUGGAAGUGCAUGGAUUUUGUUGUUUAGUCGUUAAGUCAUGUCCGACUCUUCGUGACCCCAUGGACCAGAGCACGCCAGGCACUCCUGUCUUGCACUGCCUCCCGCAGUUUGGUCAGACUCAUGUUUGUAGCUUCGAGAACACUCUCCAACCAUCUCAUCCUCUGUCGUCCCCUUCUCCUAGUGCCCUCGAUCUUUUCCAACAUCAGGGUCUUUUCCAGGGAGUCUUCUCUUUUCAUGAGGUGGCCAAAGUAUUGGAGCCUCAGCUUCAGGAUCUGUCCUUCCAGUGAGCACUCAGGGCUGAUUUCCUUCAGAAUGGAUAGGUUUGAUCUUCUUGCAGUCCAUGGGACUCUCAAGAGUCUCCUCCAGCACCAUAAUUCAAAAGCAUCCAUUCUUUGGCGAUCAGCCUUCUUUGUGGUCCAGCUCUCACUUCCAUACAUCACUACUGGGAAAACCCUAGCUUUUAACUAUACGGACCUUUGUCGGCAAGGUGACAUAAUCAACGGAUUAUGGAAGUAUUUUAAUCACAUCGCUUGUUCGAGGUUGCAGACAUUUACUUGAACAACGAACACUUACUCACCACUUCUAUCUGAUUUUCCCUUCUGCAAAUCUCUCUGACCAAGUCAAAAGCAACUUUCCUUGCUUAGAAUUAACUAUUCCCCCACCCCCCACCCCGACUCUGCCAGAGAGAAGAAACCUCUUUUGAUGAGUGUGUUUCUUUGUUGCAUGGCCAAUGGACAACCCUCCUAAAUCUGGGGACUCAUAAGCUUUAAUAUUUACCCCCUUUUGUGGGGAGGGGGUAUAUUGGAGCAUGCUGCUAAGAGAGAGUUGUUUUUAAAGCUUUCUCUGUUUUGGAAUGGGACCUCAUUAAUAUUUCCUACUCUCUGGAGAACCUGGAGAAUUCUACCCCAGGGAGAUUCUGGCUCAGCACUUUCAACACUAUGAACUGUACAUUAUCAAGGGGAGGGGCAUUUUGCACAGAGCUCUACUGUUGGUUUGUGGUGCAAUAUCUGUGAAUCUUGAGUCUGUACCAAAAUAAAGGCACUUUUGUUUUUUC